GAAACCAAAGGAAAUAUCGUCCCUCCCCUCAUAAAGCUUUUGUUUGCUUUCUGAAAAAAGCAGAAAAGGCAUUUGAAUGGAGCUCGCCACCAGACGGAAUAGUUUUGUGCUUUUUGUAAAUAUGAACUCAAAGCCGGUUUGAUAUAGACAUUUAUUGCAGUGACGUUUUUGUGUAUUAAUGUGUUGUUGGAUAACAAUGGUGAUUGAAAGGCCAACUCGAAGAAGGGUCUGCUCAUGGUUUGCUUUUCAUUUGGCUCUACUGUUGUUCGUCGGAAUACGGGGUUUGGCAGAAAUAAGAUACUCUAUUCCAGAGGAAGUAAAAGAUGGAACUGCUGUUGGAAAUGUUGCGAAGGAUCUUGGCCUUGAUAUCACCUCUUUGAUUGACCGACGAUUCCGCGUUGUUUCUGAAUCUAAGGAUGCAUUUUUUGAGGUAAACCAGAACAAUGGGGCUCUGUACGUCCAUAAGAAAAUCGACAGAGAGGAGCUCUGUCAGGGCAGCGGUGCCUGCGUAAUGGAGCUAAAAGUGAUAGUCGAAAACCCGUUGGAAAUACACUAUGUAAUUGUAGAAAUUACUGAUGUAAAUGAUCACUCUCCUAGUUUUCCAGAGAAAGAACAAAUAUUUGAAAUAUUUGAACAAACACUACCAGGAAGGCGAUUUCAACUGCACACUGCUCGUGACCCCGAUGCUGGAAUUAACUCUAUUCGUACGUACACUUUGACGUCUAAUGAACAUUUUGAAGUAGAUAUCCGUCAAAGCGAUGAGGAUAAAAUACCGUUUUUAGUGCUGAAGAAAUCGUUAGACAGAGAACAAAAGGACAAACACACACUACUGGUUACAGCAGUUGAUGGAGGCAAACCUCCAAGAUCAGGGACACUAAAUGUUUCCAUUAUUGUUCUUGACAGUAAUGAUAACCGUCCGAUAUUUAGUCAGGAGAUUUAUCAAAUUGCAAUAAAAGAAAAUGUUCCAGUCGGUACUUCAAUAUUUCAAAUUAAUGCGACAGAUCCCGAUGAAGGCACCAAUAGCGAAAUUGAAUACAGCCUCGGAAAAACUCUUAAGAAAAAAGUCUAUGACAUUUUUGAAUUGGACAAAUUAACCGGAGAGAUUAGAGUUAAAGGAGCAGUGGACUAUGAAGAAAACGACGUUUAUAAACUGGAUGUUGAGGCAUCCGAUAAAGGAACACCUCCACUGACCGGUGAGUGUAGAGUCAUUAUAAAGAUAAAAGACGUUAAUGAUAAUCCACCGGAAAUAGAAGUGACAUCACUGUCAAAUACAGUGUCUGAAGACUCAAAACCUGGCACAAUGAUUUCUCUUAUCAGUUUCAAGGAUAAAGACUCUGGUGUCAAUGGAAAAAUAAUAUCGAGCAUAACGUCAGACGUGCCAUUUGAAUUAAAGCCCUCCUAUAAGGAGAACAUUUAUUCAGUUGUCACGAAGGGAUUUUUGGAUCGAGAGGAGGUGUCACAUUAUGAAAUAACAAUAAAAGCCACCGAUUGUGGUGAACCUCCCUUAUCUACUGUUAAAACUCUCAACAUCCAGAUAUCAGAUGUAAAUGACAACAGUCCACAUUUCGACCAAAAUCCAAUACAGUUUUAUCUGGUAGAAAAUAAUGUUGCUGGAAAUUCAAUAUUUUCUGUAAGCGCAACAGACAAUGAUUUGAAUGACAAUGCAGUUAUUUCAUACCAUAUAGUGAGAGGAGGGAAUCAAAAUGACAUAAUGUCUUUUCUCAACAUAAACUCUGAAACUGGAGACAUUUUGGCACUAAAAAGUUUUGAUUUUGAAACACUGAAGACUUUCCAGUUCCAAGUUGUUGCCACAGAUUCUGGAACUCCGUCACUAAGCAGCAACGUCACAGUGAACGUGUUCAUUCUGGAUCAGAACGACAACGCUCCAGUCAUCCUAUAUCCAGUCAGCUCUAACGGUUCUGCUGAAGGUGUGGAGGAGAUUCCCCGCAAUGUGAACGCAGGACACUUGGUGACUAAAGUCAGAGCCUAUGACGCUGAUAUAGGAUAUAACGGCUGGUUACUGUUUUCACUGCAGGACGUUACUGACCACAGUCUCUUUGGUUUGGACCGCUAUACAGGACAGAUCAGAACACUUCGCUCAUUCACAGAGACAGACGAGGCUGAGCAUAAACUGGUCAUACUGGUGAAAGACAAUGGGAACGUUUCACUCUCAGCAACAGCUACUGUGCUUGUCAAAGUUGUGGAGCCCAAAGAGGCUUUUGCUGCUUCUGAUGUUAAAAGUGCAACAAAGGAUGAGGAGGACAAUAAUGUGACUUUUUACCUGAUGAUAACUUUGGGCUCCGUUUCAACACUUUUUCUCAUCAGUAUCAUCGUGCUGAUUGCAAUGCAGUGCUCCAAAACCACAGACUAUACUUCUAAAUAUCUACAAGAGACUAAUUAUGAUGGGACACUGUGUCACAGCAUCCAGUACAGAUCUGGAGACAAACGGUACAUGCUAGUAGGACCCAGAAUGAGUAUAGGAUCUACUAUAGUCCCGGGCAGCCAUGCAAACACACUAGUGCUCCCUGACAGGAGAGGGACAUCUGGAGAGAGGUCAGAACAGAUGUAGGUCUGCACUGCACUUGGCAUCUGUAUGAGCUACAGCCACAACAUCUGCUGCUGUGCUUAGGUCAUCACUGCAUGCCUGGAGGAUUGAACUGACUGAGCGGGCAGCGCAAGGCUACAUGCAAGACAGACAGCUAUUAAGUGGAAAACAAGUGAAGACACAGUUGGUUGAAAAUCCCCUUUAAGGUCACCCUGUUGCCUAAAAGCGCCCAGUGAUCUAGAUUUAAUGGGAUGGGGUUGUGAUCUCUGAUUGAUAGAAUGUGUGGGUGAGGAAAAUCCAGAGUCAGCUGUUUAGACAUUGGAUGCAGUCAUAGUAAGAGGAUUGCCUUCUUACAGCAAUACAUCUGCACUGCUCACUGUGGAGUAGACGGGGUAUAAGGCCACAGUUGCCAUACACUUGUCUGAUUAAAUACCGUAUGUUGUAUUAAUUUCUGGCCAUGCAUGGAUGGGAUCAGAUGUUGGCUGUUAGAUGGAUCCAGUCUCUAGCUGAAGGGUUCCUCUCCCCCCUGUGGUUAUUUGCCACUGUCAUAUCCCCACUAAGCAUCUUGGGUAAUUACUAUGCCUUUAUUUAGCAAUUGCAUUCUUAUUUCUCUGGAUGUUCCCUGUGUGGGUAUUCACAACAAGAACGUUCUAUAGUCAAGCUUAUGUGUGUUUAUGACUUCUUUAAUGUUGCUACACCACAGUAUUGAUAACUUGUCAUUUUCUUUUAAUGCUUUUUUACAUGGUUAGCAGGAGUGCAAGUAGAAUUCCACUAGAAUGUGUGCGUCUGUUCAGUUACAAGGCUGUAACUAAAACAACAUUGUCUGAAAAAUAAUACAGAAAAAACUUUGUAUAUAUGUGUGAGUAUGUUUCAUUAAUUGUAUAUUGAGUUCAUUGAGUGGUCUGGUCAAACUGGACAUAACCUUCCUUUGUGAUCUAAUCGUGAUAUUUGUGUCAUGCAAAAAGCAUAUUGUCACUGUGUUUAUUUCAUAAUUUAACUUUAGUAGUAUUGCAUGGCCCUCUAGGAAGAUUUUGCAUCUCUUGAACUGUAAGGCAUUUUCAAAAAAGCAAUUAGGUCAGCUCAGACAAACAAACAGUAAAUUAUUUUUUCUUUUUUCUUAAAAGUUCAAAUGUUGAAGGUGCGAGUUUUCACCAGACGUCAGUGAUAGAUUAAACAGCCUUUUUCUAAAAGCAUGAAAAUGUGGUCAGAAUUGUAUCAUAAAGACAUAUAAAUCAUUCACUGUCCUGAUAUCAAGCGUGUGUGAUGCCACUGACUGUAGAUAGAGAAAACGCCUGUUUUAACACUUAUUAAAGCUACAUGUACAGGCUGAAACGUCUUAUCCACUUUCUUCUUAUUUUUAAAAUGGCCCGACCGUCAUUUGGCUCCUUCUGGUCAUCCCUGAGAGUGUGAACCAGUGAGCUGUUCUGUACAGUGGGUGAGUCAUCUCAUCCCACAUGUAGAUUUUCAUUUUGUGAAGUUGGUCUGCUGUGUUUUAUUUUUAGGUGAACCAUCUGUAAUGGAAACAUGAAAUCAGGAUUCAUGGUCUUUGGCAUUCAUGGUUAUUGCUAUUAUUCCAUCAUGAUAUUAGGGAGAUUUGGUUAUGUGAUGCCCUGUAGCAAAACAGACUUGAGUUGUGUGCAUGCUUGUUUAGAUGUGUACUGAUCGCUAAAUGUUCUUCCAUGUUUCCCGCCAUCUUAGUGGGUGCAGUCUAUGAAUAAAACAAUGAAACAUG